AUGUCAUUCUUAUUGGUAGGGCAUGUGGUCAUACCCUGGAACCUCAGGUCCCCACUCUGUGUAGUCGGCAUAUUGUGUCUCCGCCUGCGCGUACUAUCCCCUUGUCUCUAUGCAUACACAUGGCCAAACUCACAUCUUGCAACCCAUGCUCGUCUGGAUUAUCUGUUUCAGCUCCAAGCACGCCUUGAAGACCUGGCGGAGGUCGCCGUUCGAGCCCACCUGGACGAGGCCUACCCCCAGGCCCACCCCCACACGAUCGAGGCCGCCCGACAGAUCUCCGGAGACAUGUUCGGGCAAGACACAGCCACCAACCUUUUCCGAGGAAAGGCUCAGCCGCACCUCCUUCACGAGCCCUACCUCUCGGCGGGCGGGGCGGUGGGCUUGCUGGGCGAGACUCUCGCACACAUAGCCGGGAAGGUGGACCAGGGUGCAGAGGCCCAGAACAUGCUCGAAUCUCCAGAGUUCGGAGCCUUUCGCUCUCUCGUGAGCUCGGUAUACGUCGGGAGCCUCCAGAAACGCGCGGACUACGCCGCAAGGGGGGAGAACCGACAGGCUAGGGCAGUUGAAAGAGCAACGGGGAGUCAACACAAGGGGCACGAUGCCGCCGCAAGUAACAAUGGCCACCAAUACGAACGCGGCGGCAAAGCCAGCCCCGGCGAAGUCGACGACGGACAAGAGAAGAAGAUCGACGAGGACACGCGCGGGAUCGCUCGCGCGGGACACGCCGCCUGCAGCGGCGACAUCGCGCAGGCGCUCGUGGCCAUCGCCGCGGGGGAAGGGUUCGAGCGUUUUGGCCGCACCGCCCCCGGGAGGGGCGAUGGCGACCAGAGCAAUAGAGGCGGCGGCGGUGCGGAACGAGCCGGGGGUCGAGCCCCGGUCUCUGCUAAAGGGCGCAAGGGUGCAUACGGCGGCGGCGGUGCCAGAGGUGUUCCUGGGGGGGAAACGGGGUUGAAGGGCCCCAAGGGCAGGGAUGACGUCAGCGGCAACGAUUCCGCCGCCCAGGAGUACUUGUUUCAACAAGAGAGGGAGAGCUUGGAGCACGCGGCUGCCAAGCUCCGGUACCUCUCCGAAGACGCCGCAGUAGCUGCAGGGGUCGGGGAGAACGGGCUUCGGGCGGGUUUAGAUGGUGCCGUGGAGGCGGCGGAGGGAAGGUUUCCGGGGUUGGAGUGGCUUGCCCCGCACAUUAUCGGCAGGUCGAUUCCGAUGGAGCUCAGGAGAGAGCUGUGGGAGCGGACGCUCCUUCGCGGCAACGGCGGCGGACCGUCUCCCGCGGAAGUGGAGCGGCUCAUCGUCCGAUACGCCGGGGAGAAGGGCAUCGUGGACCCGACGAACACGCCGAUAGCGGGGAUGGUGGCCACCGGAGUUCGACAUCGGGCCGCGGAGGCGUUUCCUUGGCUCUCCCGUGGCGGGGGACAAGAGCUAGACCAGAGGCGUAGGAUUUGCGGUGAGGCGGAGAAACUCCUGAACCAGUACUUUGUGUUCGUGGGCAAGCACGAGUCGAGGCACGUGGCUUCGUCGCUAGUGCUGGCGUACGUCUUCGGCCAAGAAGUGGCCACCACCACGAAAGGUGAAAGGGGAGAAACGGCCGGUGGCGCUGCCGCUCUUGUCGCCAUGCUCCACAGCCUCUCCACCCGGUUUGCCCCGGGCGCGGAAGAGUUACGUCGGGGGUUCAGGAUGCGCGCCUACGAGGAGAUUCGAAGCCGCGACGCCCCCCUCUUCGAACAUCUCAGCACGUUGUUCCCCGGCAUCAUAAAAGGUCUUGGCUUUUUGUACGCGUUUUUGGCUCUGUUCGCCGCAGCGUACAAGUACGGAGUUGAGGGUGACGAAGACAGCAGUGAUGCCGCCGUCUCCGCGGUCACGUCCGCAGGCGACACAAAGAAAUCCAGGGGUUUGGUAGAGGCGUGGCUAGAGGACGCUUUCGUGUCCUACCUUCGGGAGGACGCCCUCCUCUUCGUGUGGGAUCACCUGUUCCUGCUAGGGUAA